GCGGAAAAAGUUGGCGUAAUGAAUGAAAUCUAGAAUACCAGAUUUCUUGGCUGGGUUGAUCUCUCUGUCCUCUGUAUUUAGUUGCUGUCAACACCUCCGAGGCUUCAAUCCCUCGAUUCUGCUUCCGUAGGGGUGCUAUGCAAGACCCUUCUAGACCCGCCACCGGCUAUCCUGCGCCGUCUUAUUACCAAACCAACGGCGGCCAGGCACCGCCUUCUGCCACCGCCUACCCCUACUCCGCUCCACACCCAUACCCUCAAAACCAAUACUACAACCCCAAUCCUUCUCGCAAUUACUUCACUCGCUCCUUCGUCCGUUCCUUCAUCGCCACUCUCGUCUGCCUCUUUGUGAUCUUCGGUGCUAUCGUCUUCAUCGUGUGGCUCGUCCUCCGCCCUACCUUGCCUGACUUCCGCCUCGACUCUUUUUCUCUCACCAACUUCUCUGCCACCUCCCAGUCCGUGAACGGAACAUGGAAAGCCGGCUUCCUGGUGCGAAACAACAACAAGAAGAUGACCAUCACCUACCAAGUUAUUGAGGCCAGAAUCGUUUACGACACGUUGUUUCUCAGGGAACAGCUUCUUCCGUUCAAGCAGGAUACUAAGACUGAAACUCCCUUGAACGCAACGUUCUCAGCUGUCAAUACUCCUGUGAAGAAGGAGGUUGUUGAUGAUAUGAAUGCCAAUAAGGCAGGUGGGUCUAUUCCCUUUAAUGUGGAGGUUCUUGCUUCCACUGUGUUUCGCUCCGGUGCGUGGAGGUUGAGGGCUCGGCUGCUGAAAGUGUCCUGUCGCCGUGUUCCUAUUGGCAUUUCAUCGAACAGUACGUCAGGAAAGUUGUCAGGGGGAGCCAGGGAAUGCCAGGUCUGGACCUGACUGAUUUGGUGCUUAAAAAGUUUAUUAGCGAACAUUUUCGUUGAAACCACAUAGUCGAAAGAUCUAAUUUUACUUUUGUUUCUUGUGGUCGAUGGUAUUAUAGUUUUCUAUUAUGCUUAGGUAAAAUGGCUGGGCAGCCUUCAUUGUGCAGAAUUCUCCAGAAUUUUGUAUAUAUGUUGGUUAAAUCCGCAUACUGAGUAAUUUUCCUAAUUCUUCGACCUAUUAUUUGCUUCUUAUUCUCUUUGGAGUCGAUUGAUAAUUGUCAUACACGGAAAUUUGCACAUAUGUGUCAAUGGGAGAUGAAAA